GAAGAAGAAAAUCCGCACGGUCGGAAACUGCACGACACAGGAGCAAGAGUUAAUACAUGAUGUGGACAACACGUACAUCGGAAGAGCAGCAACAAAAAAUGGCGUAUUCGUCUUACGCUUCAAGGCUGCAAAAUCUUCCGAAGAUGUCACUCUCCCUCAAGCUCCUUCAAUCAUUGCAGCAGCCGCUUUGGUAACCGUUCCACCGAUUGAACUCAGCCGCAGCGAAGAAGAAACUCCUAGUAGCAGCCCCACCGACACACCUGCCGUUAAUAUCAAGAAAGAUAUUAGUCACGAAUACGAAGAAAUUCUGCAACUCGCACCUGAAAAUCUCUUCGACGCGACAACUACUCUCGACAAGCCUUCAGAUACGUCUUCAACUACCAGUAUCUCAGAAAAAGGUUAUGCACUCUCAAGGUUUCUCCUACCUUCAUAUUUCAUGCUCUUGAUUCUUGCUUGGCUGGCCAUAGCAGCAAGCGAGCUCCGUACCCCGCUGCAAACUUUCCUACACUACAGAGAAGCCGCUUACCAGACUACGACUUCCACCGUCUACGAGCAAGGCACGGGCCUCAACUGCUACCAAACCCCUCGUCAUCGCGUUCAACAAUGCAAUGAAGCAGAAGGGUUGAACAGUACCCUACACGAGCUACGUGAGCAGCUGCGUGCACUGCUGACUCAACAAAUUUCUCUGCCCGUCACUUCACGAUUCUCUGUCAAGCCUCCGGAUGUUGUCGAGGCUCCUCUCCACUACGUGCAACACUCUCGUGGUUUUGCAUUCGUCCCCUUUGGCCUUGCCACGUUCAUUGGCGCAACCCCAACCACUUUCAACCCGACUCAUUUUUACUCUGCCGAAGUGAGGGGGGGAAGGAGGAUCUACACGCACUUCGUCAAAGCCAAAAUUCGUCAUCAACAAGGGAAGCACGCGAUUGGUCUACCAUUUGACCAAUGGAAUGACCGCCGACUACUUACAGCACAUGAAGUUUACACGUCAGAAGAUUCCAAAUUGCAGAUUUCAUUCGCCGGACUCCAACCACGACGUGACUACAUCGAACUUCCAGGAAUGAAGGGGAGUGUUGUGGUAAAUGAAGUUUCGCAUUCCUGCAAGUUCCGUUUUCAGUGUAGUUAGCAGUAUCGAGUUUCUCAGUAAGUAAACAGGUCCGAGUGCUGAUGUCAGCAAAGCAUCGUGGGUCUCGGCAUGACGUCAGCAUACUGCUUCAGUUACGCGAUUAGGCGUAACGAACCGUUUCAGUCACGCGAACAGUCGCGGCCCUAUAGUAUGACGAAUAGGUCGCAUAGCGCGAUGGUGACAAACAGGUACAUUAGCGAACAGCAAAGAUCCUUGGUUAAGUACUCGUGUUUGUAGAUUCUAUACUUAGUCUACUACAACACCAGACGUUUUAUUUCAUGGUAUGAGAGCUAUCUGGAAUUAAGACUACCGUCAACUAUGACUGGUUCAUCACCAGCACCAUCUGCUGGAUCAGUUACUGGGACUACUGGAGCACAUGUCUCCACUACUGCCACUGGUCUCUCAGCCUCUGGGCCAUUACCACCAGCCUACGCUAAUAUCGGUAUGCAACAGCAGAAUCCACCUUCUGUCAAUACUCCAGGUGCUCCAUCGACUGCACCUGCAGCGCAACAGCAACAAUCACAGACAUCAGCACAUCAACAAGCGUCGGUACAGCCACCAGUUUCAACGCAAUCGAUUUCAUCUGCGUUCAGUGGAAUGAGCCUUGACGGCUCAAGUUACAUGUGUGGAGCUACAACUCCAAGUACUGGUUCGUUCGCUUUCUCACCUUUCGUACAGCAGCCGCAGUCGCAGCAGUUUCAGCAUCCUUUCUAUAUCUUCGGUCGUUCCCCUGCUCAGCAACAACAACAGCAGUAUCAGCAACCACAGCCAGUACAGCAACAGCAACAGCAACAAUAGCAGCAACAACAACAACAACAACAACAGCAACAGCAACAGCAACAACAGCAACAGCACGGCAUUGUUUUUCAGCCUCCAAAUUUACUUAACAAUACUCAGAUCAAGACAACCGUACCUUUUAAUGGUGUUGACUUCUACUCCUGGAGCUUUGAGUUUGAGCUUCUGGCGCAGUCCGCUGGGCUAUGGCCGUUCUUCACUGGCGAGUUUACGUAUCCUGUCGUGGGAACACAAGUGGAGCAGCAGAGUUUCUUGCACGCCUCUCUCGGGGCAUAUACAGUUCUUGUACGGAACCUGUCGCCGAAGGAGCAGCUCGGCGUCCGAUCUUUUCACUCAAGUUUUACACCAGCCGAAACUGCAUGGAAUCAUCGAAAGGGGUAUACAUGGCAAAGGAUACGAUAACAGUGAGUAAAAUACUUUCGCAGCUGACAAGUGUGCAGAUGAUGACAAACGAAAAUGUCAUGGACUACGUUAACCGUGUCCGUACACUACGCGAUCAACUGGAGAAAAGUGGAGGAUACUUCCCUCGUGAGAUGUAUCUCACGGUCCUUCUUGCUGGCCUUGGACCCGAAUGGCGACAGAUGCGCGCCUUCCUGCGUAUGAACCCAAACCUCUCCGAAGCUGAAAUUUCGUCGUAUCUUCAAGCAGAACAGCAAGAUCUUGACCUGCAGUUACAACGCAACAAAAAGAGGGAUAUACAACUCAGUUUCUAUUCAACAGCAACUCGACGUCCUCGACACUUCUGUCAAAUUUGCAACAAGGGAGGACAUUCUACCGACCGAUGCUAUUUUAACAAGAAGUAUUUACCUCAUGAAGAAUCGCAGAGGACGCAAUCAUCACAGCAACUACGACAGCCUUUGAAGCAGUUUUUGCAGAAUCCUACGCCUCCAAAAUCAGCAUCUGCAAUAUCAACACCCCCAACGACACUCAGUUCUGCCCCUCCAAGCAACUCAUCAAAGCCGACAGCCACUACUUCAAACUCUGCCACUAAUACGGUAACUUCAAAUUUUCGUUUACCUACUUCAUCCACUCACAUGGUCAAUUGCAGUACAGAUACUGAUACUUGGUACUUGGAUAGUUGUUGUGGCCAUCAUAUGGUCUCUUCAACCAAUCCUUUCAUCUACAACCGUCGUCGACUUCUUCAACCCUGCCCAAUCACACUCGCCAACGGUCAAACAAUUUCAGCAGAAAAUAUCGGCAGUCUACUUUUGACAUCAAUCGAUACGGGAAAGUCUUUAUGCCUUACCAGCGUUUUACUCGUCGACAAUCUUGGCUUCAAUUUAGUGUCAACUCUUCAACUCUUGAAGAAGAAAAUCCGCACGGUCGGAAACUGCACGACACAGGAGCAAGAGUUAAUACAUGAUGUGGACAACACGUACAUCGGAAGAGCAGCAACAAAAAAUGGCGUAUUCGUCUUACGCUUCAAGGCUGCAAAAUCUUCCGAAGAUGUCACUCUCCCUCAAGCUCCUUCAAUCAUUGCAGCAGCCGCUUUGGUAACCGUUCCACCGAUUGAACUCAGCCGCAGCGAAGAAGAAACUCCUAGUAGCAGCCCCACCGACACACCUGCCGUUAAUAUCAAGAAAGAUAUUAGUCACGAAUACGAAGAAAUUCUGCAACUCGCACCUGAAAAUCUCUUCGACGCGACAACUACUCUCGACAAGCCUUCAGAUACGUCUUCAACUACCAGUAUCUCAGAAAAAGGUUAUGCACUCUCAAGGUUUCUCCUACCUUCAUAUUUCAUGCUCUUGAUUCUUGCUUGGCUGGCCAUAGCAGCAAGCGAGCUCCGUACCCCGCUGCAAACUUUCCUACACUACAGAGAAGCCGCUUACCAGACUACGACUUCCACCGUCUACGAGCAAGGCACGGGCCUCAACUGCUACCAAACCCCUCGUCAUCGCGUUCAACAAUGCAAUGAAGCAGAAGGGUUGAACAGGACCCUACACGAGCUACGUGAGCAGCUGCGUGCACUGCUGACUCAACAAAUUUCUCUGCCCGUCACUUCACGAUUCUCUGUCAAGCCUCCGGAUGUUGUCGAGGCUCCUCUCCACUACGUGCAACACUCUCGUGGUUUUGCAUUCGUCCCCUUUGGCCUUGCCACGUUCAUUGGCGCAACCCCAACCACUUUCAACCCGACUCAUUUUUACUCUGCCGAAGUGAGGGGGGGAAGGAGGAUCUACACGCA